CAAUCGUUGCCUUCUUGUUGUCUUCUCCAUUUACUCAACUUCAGACAAUAGCGCGCUUCAUAAUACAGUUCACAAUAUUCAUGAAGACCCUUCAAUCUAGGGUUGGGUAUCGUCACAGAGGCGGUUACACACCGACUGAUCUAGCUGGCUAUCUUUUCCCUCCAUUCCCCCCUCCUCUUUUUUUUUUUUUUCUUUUCUUUUUUUACCCUACUUGUCUAUGGAUUUUUGACUGGAUGAUUGAUCCCUCUGAAAGGAAUAGAAUGGGGAAAAUGAAAAAAAGAAAAAGCUCUAGCAGUAAAGUCCUCACCGCUCCCCAAGGAUGACUACCGAAUCAUGCAUCCAGAUUAUUACACUAUCAACUCUCCUUCCUCUUCUGUCUUGGUGUCCUGUCCUUUCUUUUCUUUUCUUUUUUUUCCCCUCUAAGUCUUCUCCGGAUACGGAUACUAUCGGGCGGAUAGGUGUG